AAACAUUCUUAUUACUAGAUCUACAUAUUCAAGUGAACCUGUGUUGAAUACACUUUUGCUUAUAGUGACUAGUUUACAGUCACUAUACAGUUUUUGCUUGUAUUAUUACAUAGUGACUAGAGUUUUGAAAUAGUUAGCUGUGAUUUCAGAACAAUGUUCUCUUCAAGUUUAUUAGUGGCCGAUAUUUAAAUUUAGCAGGGCGUAGAAUCCAGUAUUAAGAGGAUUUGAGAUUCUAAUAACAUAAUGAAUUACAUUUUAAUUUCACUACUUGUGGUGGUUGUUAAUUUUUCCGGUUCAAAUUGUCUUGAAAUGUUUUAUUCGUCAGAAGGAACUAGAUUUUCCACAACUCCUCACAAUGGUGACGAGGGUUGGGCUGCCAGGGGUUAUUUCAAUAACAGUAUAAACAGCACAGGCUUCGGUUACCUAGAAAUUGAAACCAACGCCUCUCAUCCUGCCGAAACUCAAGCUUUUCACGCCGGUUAUUUGGAGGGAAGUCUCACCACAUCUCUGAUCCACAGUCAUUGGGUUAAUGUGGUAGCUCCCUUCUGCGAAUCUCACGAUUGCUCUACUAUUAAAAGUUUCCUGAAGGAGAAUAAAGAAUGGACACGAUCAAGGAUGCGAUCUGUUCGUCUCGGAGAUCCUUACUGGUACCAGUUGAACCUUAUCUACCUUCAGUUGUCAGGGAUAACAAGGGCCUACAAUGACAAACGCCCUGACCAUGUUCCAGAGAUGAGUGAAGAGGACAUUGAGAUGAUGAAUCUGUUCUACGAACUGCCUGAGAUACAGAGCAUCAUUGACUCAAACAAAACGCUAACUAAAUCUUCUAAAACUGGAGGCUCGGAUCAUUGUUCUGUGCUCAUCAAAAUAAUAGGAUCAAACGAAGACGUUUAUUUCGGACAUAACACAUGGAUCCAUUACAGUGCCAUGCUGAGAAUACUCAAAAGAUACAUUUUUCCGUACUCACUCACCAUAGGAGACACAAGGGUCGUUCCGGGAAAGGAAAUCAGCAUGUCAUCCUACCCUGGAGUGGUAUGGUCUGUAGACGACUUCUACCUGAUAUCAUCUGGGCUAGCGGUCACUGAGACCACAAACCUGGUUUUUAACGAGACUUUGUUCAAGGGAAUGACCAGUGAGGGUACAGUGUGGCAGGGACUACGAGCUAUGCUGGCUAAUAGACUUGCCACAGAUGGUGAAACUUGGCAUGAGGUGUUUUCUCGGUUCAACAGUGGUACCUGCAACAACCAAUACAUGGUUGUCGACUACAAUAAGUUCACCCCGGGUGAACCCCUACCAGCAGGUACGUUAUGGAUCAGUGAACAGAUGCCUGGGAAAAUGGUUACAAUGGAUGUCACAGAUGUAUUGGUUGAGGAAGGGUACUGGAGUAGCUACAAUGUUCCCUACACUGAUGAAAUCCGUAGGAUAAGUGGUUAUAAUGAGAAGAUGUUAGGUCCCGAUGGACCAUGGUACUCUUACACUGAAACCCCCAGAGCGAAACUUUUCAAACGUGAUCAUGGAACAGUUACCGACAUGGAGAGCUUCAUGAGGUUGAUGAGAUCCAACGAUUUCAGGAACGAUUCGCUGGCAGUUUGCAACUGUGUUCCGGCAUACAGUGGUAGAGGUGCCAUAGCAGCAAGGGAGGACCUGAAUCCUGAGGAUGGAGUCGACAUGAAUGAAAGAGUUCCUCGUGGAGCGGUUGAUGCCAAGUUGACUAAUCGCCAGUUGUUCUCGAAACUGCAGUUUGUGGCUGUGGCUGGCCCCACAACUGGCACUCACAACCAGCUGCCUGUUUUCAGAUGGAGUGACAGCAGCUUCUCCCAUCUCCCUCACAUGUCUCAUCCAGAUGAGUUCAACUUUCAACCUUUUCUGAUGGAGUGGUCUCUUAAUAAAACCAAAGAGUAGAGAUACUGUUUUAGAGUAAAGAUACCUACUGUAUCAGUUGUCUCUGAUAAACGUUACUAACAAACUCAACUCCAAUCAGAUUCAGUUGCUCUCGUUGCUCCAUCUCUGCUUGUAUAUCUAGCUAUAUUUCUAUUAUAUCUGUAUAUUUUAUACCUCACUUUUCCCUCUGCUUGUGAGUGAGAGUUUCUUAUAAAAUUUUCAUUGAUUAAAUUUAUCAUCUCUGUUUUAUUGUAAGUUUAUCACAUUUUGCAUUCAAUAAUAAUGCUUCACUAAGGGCAGUUUGCACAGUAUCAGUUUCAACUAAAUUUCAUUUCAAACUGGAUUGAAUCCAUAUCAAGUCUCGUUCGUUAUAAUAUGUUUCAUUUUUAGUUUAAGCCACCAGCUGAUUGAAUUCUGUUUAAGCUUUGACUGUGCAAACGGCCCUUAGCCCCUAAAUAUCAUGGUACAGUGGAGUGUCCACCUGGAGAGCUGUCAUGGAAACUCAUCUUAAUUCACUAUGAUUGCCAUGUAUUAUUAUUCACAUUAAUGAAAUAUUAUUUCACAAUAAUAGUAAUAAAAAUGAAAUAAAGACACACAUAUAUAUCGUCAAAUUCUACAGUUCGGUUCGGUUGUAGAACGGUUCUACAACAUCGACAGUGACUCAGUCGAAUUUUUAUUUUACAUUAUUUGUUUUCAAUGAUAGACAGUUGGCAGCCUAUGGCCCCAGCGUCAUCUCAGGGCUUUUCGCGACUCUUCAGAGUUGUCAUCGAUUCACAUUUUCACAUGUCGUAUCUAAUAGUUGUUACUUUGAAUCUUAUUACUUUAUCAUCAAAAAUGAAUAAGCCAUUAAGGCGUCGGUCCUGGCUGCCCAAAAAGCAGUAGUUAGGUCACGUCAGAGGCCCUGAAAUUGAUCAGCUGCAACCUAAAAACUCUGAUACCAGACCUGAGCCAGCCAGGUCACUCGAUAUUAAUAACAUUUUAUUUGAAAUAAAUGCAGUGAAUGUAAUCAAUCA